AUGUAUCAAUCACGAGUGUUGCCGAGUAACACGGGUUAUUCAAAGGAUACAGCCAUGAUGUGGCAACAAGGUGGCCAGUACUUGCCAGAGUCCGGUAUCCACUCUGGCGGAACCACCCAAGCGCAUUCUAUCACUGACAAAGAAGAUGAUUUAGAACGUGACCAGUUGAUCUAUGAACUCAAUCAAGGAUUUUCACACGGGUUUACUCAAGAUCAAGUUGAUGAAAUGAAUCAACAACUGAGUCAGUCGCGUACUCAAAGAGUAAGAGCAGCAAUGUUUCCAGAAACGCUGGAAGAAGGAAUUGAGAUUCCUUCUACACAAUUCAAUCAAGGACAGUUGACAGCUGUCCAACGGUUAGCUGAGCCAAGUCAAAUGCUCAAACAUGCCGUAGUUAAUUUGAUUAAUUAUCAGGAUGAUGCUGAUUUAGCGACUAGAGCUAUCCCAGAACUCAUAAAGUUAUUGAACGAUGAAGACCAAGUUGUUGUAUCACAAGCAGCCAUGAUGGUUCACCAAUUAUCGAAAAAAGAAGCAUCACGGCAUGCAAUCAUGAAUAGUCCUCAAAUGGUUGCUGCAUUAGUCAAAGCAUUGUCAAAUAGUAAUGAUUUAGAAAUGACUAAAGGUGCAGUUGGUACUCUACACAAUUUAUCACAUCAUCGACAAGGACUUUUAGCUAUAUUUAAAAGUGGAGGAAUACCGGCUUUGGUUAAACUACUUAGUUCUCCUGUUGAGUCUAUAUUAUAUUAUGCUAUAACAACUUUACAUAAUUUAUUGCUACACCAAGAGGGUUCAAAAAUGGCAGUUCGUCUUGCUGGAGGUCUACAAAAAAUGGUAGCGCUUUUGCAACGUAACAAUGUUAAAUUUUUGACAAUCAUAACUGAUUGCUUACAAAUAUUAGCAUACGGUAAUCAAGAAAGUAAGUUAAUUAUUCUUGCCUCUCAAGGACCUAUUGAACUUGUACGUAUUAUGCGUUCAUAUGAUUACGAAAAGCUUUUGUGGACAACGUCUAGAGUUUUGAAAGUUUUGUCUGUGUGUUCAAGUAACAAACCGGCAAUUGUGGAAGCUGGUGGCAUGCAAGCUCUUGCAAUGCAUUUACAACAUGGCAGUCAACGUUUGGUACAAAAUGCUUUAUGGACCUUGCGUAACUUGUCUGACGCUGGAACUAAGGUUGAUGGGUUAGAACAGUUAUUGCAAUCGUUAGUAAUUGCUUUAAAUCAUGCAGAUGUUAAUGUAGUUACCUGUGCUGCUGGAAUCUUAUCAAAUUUGACCUGUAAUAAUCAACGGAAUAAAGUUACUGUGGUUCAAGUGGGUGGUGUUGACGCAUUAGUACACACAAUUAUGAGUGCUGGAGAUCGUGAAGAAAUAACUGAACCAGCUGUGUGUGCUUUGAGACAUUUGACAUCUAGACAUGUUGAAUCAGAUAGUGCUCAAAAUGCUAUACGCCACAAUCUAGGUAUUCAAGUUAUAGUAAAGUUAUUACAACCUCCUUCCCGUUGGCCACUUGUCAAAGCUGCUAUUGGACUAAUUCGAAAUGUAGCUCAGUGUCAAGGAAAUCAUGUGCCACUAAGAGAACACGGCGCAAUUCACCAUUUAAUACGUUUAUUGAUGAGAGCGUUUCAAGAUAUUCAAAGGACAUCUACAAAUAGUAGUGUAGCAGGAUCUGGCAGAUCACAAUCAGGUGGUGUAUAUGCUGAUGGAGUGCGCAUGGAAGAAAUUGUUGAAGGCACUACUGGUGCAUUGCAUAUUCUUGCAAGAGAAUCACACAAUCGAGUGCUUAUGCGCUCCCAACAAGGACUGAUUGCAGUAUUAGUUCAAUUGUUAUUUAAUGAUAUUGAAAAUGUUCAACGAGUGGCUGCUGGUGCACUAUGCGAGUUAGCUAUUGAUAAAGAUGGGGCAGAUAUGAUUGAAGCAGAAGGUGCGACAGCGCCACUAACUGAACUAUUACAUUCCCGUAACGAAGGAGUUGCAACAUAUGCAGCAGCAGUUUUAUUCCGAAUGUCAGAAGAUAAGCCAAAUGAUUAUAAAAAACGGUUAUCAGCAGAGCUGAGUAAUUCACUAUGCCGUGAAGAUCAAAAUACAUGGCCACCUAAUGAUCUUGGAAUGGGGCCUGAUCUUCAGGAUGCAUACGAUUUGUAUAGUCACGGACUUGGUAGCGUUCACAAUGGAAUGGGCCCAAUGAGACGUAACAACUACCAUCAACAGUCAGGGUAUGACACGUUACCAAUAGACUCUAUGCAAGGUUUAGAAAUAUGUUCUCAACAAGAAUCCAACUGUAGUCCGAUGGACGUAGUAACAGCUAAUGAUAUUGAUUUUGAUCGUCUAGGAGAUUUACCUGAACCUCCUCAAGACAACAAUCAAGUAGCUGCUUGGUAUGAUACUGACCUAUAA